AUGGACGCAGGCAAGGAUUCUGCCACUGUCGUCGUCGCUCCGGCCUCAGCUUCACAGGCCAAGGCACCUAAGAGUACGAAGGCGAACAAGAAAGACAAGAAGAAGGCUGCUAAGUCCAAGUCGAAGAAGCAACUCAAGAAGGCAAAGAAGCACAAGAGAGCGACCAACCUAGACACGGACGACUCAUCUGAGGAAAUUACUGAUGAUAGCGAGUCCGAGGCCGAAGAUUCUUCUUCCGAUUCGGAAGGCAGCUCUUCUGAGUCGUCCGAUAGUGACAGUGAGAGGGAGCACAUCAAGUCGAAGAAGAAGUCCAGCGCCAAAGGCAAGAACGGCCGAUCCUCGAAGAAGCAGAAGCACAAGUCACUUAGGAAGCGCACUCCAUCAUCGUCUUCGUCCUCUUCCGACACCGAAUCUUCUGAAGUUGUCGAUGACUCUGAGGAUGAUGCGCCCGGGAAAGGUGGUGGAAUUACCAGGGUGGCGAUGACGCCUAAUCAAUUGGCACUCUUCAGACAGAUGCAGGCUGGACCCCCUCCCUAUCCAAAGAUCAACGGUCUUCGUAAUGCUGCCCCCGCUCCCGGCUCCGCCAUGACUGGCAGCAAAUCUGCAAAGCGUGGCAAAUUUCCUCCGCCAUCUCCCAAGAAAAGGUCGUCCAAGCUGGACUUCAAGCGAGUUGAUCAGGUUUGGGACACCACAAUUCAUAACUACAGACUCCAGGAGACGUCGACGGCCACCUCGAACUCACAGUAUGACGGAUAUGUUCUUCAAGUCAGACGUACCUUUGAUUGGGAGGGCAAGUACCAGACCACUUUUCUCGAUGUCAAAAGCAAGGUCUUGCGCGAGUGCCUUCAGGAGGUGAUAGGCAACAUCAAGGGAAUCAGCUUGGUCGAUGAGACGCCAAAGCUGAAUCCUAACAUGGUGUUCUUGUACUUGGAAGACUUGCGCCAGUACCGCAAGACGUUGAGCAAGAUUUCGGCCAAGGACCUUGACAAGAAAGAGCGCAAGAAGUUCAAGAAGGACGUUGAGAACAAGCGCCAGCAUCUCAAAGUACUUCUCAAGUAUCUCUAUAAGGACUACGCCGAAGUCAAGAAGAGCCUGUAUCCCAUGUUGGAAAAUGGUCUCAUCACCUUCGAUCUUCUCUGGGCUCUGUUUAAGCCCAAUACGCUCAUCUACACCACCACGUACGGGUCCUCCGACGAGCCUCGUGUCUUCAAGGUAGAGCAGGCGGAGAAGAUGAACAGCAUGACGAAGGGGGAAUUCUACCUGCUCGAUGGCAAGUACAUGGAGUAUGACGGGAAGCAAUUUGGUUACGGCACGCUCUGCGAAGAGAUCCCGGAGUUCCGUGGUGCCCGGAAGAUUAGCAGCCUCAACGCCUUCCCCCUCGACUUCCACAAGGAGAAGCAGGCCAUCAAGACAACCCUGAUCGAACGCGGCAAAAAGUUCGUCAACCUCGGUGGCGUGAAAUACCGAAGUCAUCAGGGCUUGGCCUACUAUAAGAAGAAGAAGAGCAUCAUCAAGGUCAACAUUAACGGACGCAUCAUGGUUGAUCCCUCUGUCCACCGCAGGAUCAACCCGAACUACCAAGUGUCUGUCGUCAGACCCAAGGAUCACGACAUCUUAUCUGAUUCGGAGGACUCUGACGAGGACGAGAAACCCUGCGAGAAAGAUGACUCUUCCUCGGAGAACGCUUGCAGUAGUGACGACGAUGCGGGUUGCGGGAAGAUGGUCACGAAGGUUGUUCGCGACGGCAAGGGUAAGGUCCACAUGCUUCGAAUCCCCAAGUCCUUUGUCGAGGAUGCUGCCACGCUGGAGAAACCGCUUGAGCGGGUUGAUGAAGCCACGACCGGCGAAGACUCCAACGAGCCCCGGGAUACUAGUAGUGACAAGACGAAGAAUGCGCCGGAGUUCUCUGACGAGGAUUACCUCAUUGCAUCUUCUGUUGUAUUGGGAUUUUCCUUUUCUGAGAAGCUCUGGCUCGAGUUCACCGUCUCCGGAGUCAACGACAUUCAGUGGAAUGAUGGCGCAUACGAGUCUUUGGUCUUGGAGCCUAAGCAGAAAGACAUCGUCAAGGCACUCGUCGAGUCGCACAAGUACCACGCUACUGAGAGCAUCGACGAUGUCAUCCAAGGCAAGGGAAAAGGCCUUGUUGCUGUUCUCCAUGGACCGCCUGGAACUGGCAAGACGCUCACAGCUGAGGGGAUCAGCGAACUCCUCAAGUGUCCCUUGUACAUGGUUUCUGCGGGAGAGUUAGGCACCGACUCUCGAUACCUCGAGACGGAGUUGCAGAAGAUCCUCGACAUCUGCCAUGCCUGGGGCGCCAUCCUUCUUCUUGACGAGGCUGAUGUUUUCCUCGAGGAGAGAAACCUUCAUGAAAUCUCACGCAACGCACUGGUUAGUAUCUUCUUGCGACAGCUUGAGUAUUUCCAGGGCAUCCUGUUCUUGACGACCAACCGAGUCGAGACCUUUGAUGAUGCAUUCCAGUCACGUAUUCACAUUGCCUUGCGAUACGACAGUCUUACCCACAAGGCGAAAAAGGCCAUUUUCAAGAUCUUCGUAGAGCGAGUCCGUGUUCUCGAGAAGGUUGACCUCAAGCCCUUCACCGAGGACGACUAUGAAAGUCUGGCAAAGCAUGAUCUCAACGGUCGCCAGAUCAAGAACACGAUCCGGACCGCCCAGGCCUUGGCCGUCAAUAAGGGUGAGCCUCUUGGCAUGGAGCACAUCUCGCAGGUCUUGGACGUUCAGAAUAGCUUUGAUCUUCAUCUCAAGGGUGGAGAGUCCUACAAGGAUGCCAUGAGAAGCUAUUACUGA